AUGGGGCAGGAUCUCGCCAAGGAGUGCGGCUGCGGCUAUGGAGAUGAGGAGGGCAUGCAGGAGCAAAGGGUCGAGAUCGAUCAAUCCGCUGUCAGGGGAGCUACUGGCAGCAAGUUUGCGGGCAGCCCUCUAUCCCAGGAAGAUGAGGAGUUCUUCGUGGCACCCCCAGCCGAGCCACAGCCCGCGGCGAAACCCGCAGCGAAGCCCGCGGCGAAGCCCGCGGCGAAGCCCGCGGCGAAGCCCGCGGCCGCCGCCGCCGGCGCCUCCAGCGCCGCGUCGCCCAGCUCGAAGCCAAGGAAGAUCAGCUUGGAGACGAUCCUGCGAGACCUGGAGGCCUCCGAGGAGUCAUCCUAUGGCGGCGCCUUCCAAAGCAUGGCGGCGGGGCAGGCAGCGCUGCAGACGGACCACCAGGAGCUGCGGAGGUUUAUCGAGGAGCACACAACCAUGGCGAUGCUGACGUACCAGCAUACCUUCGUCACCUUGCGGCCCACGCGGUCCGAGCGGCCGCGGUGCCAGAGCCUUCCGCCCAAAGGACGCUCCUGGUCGCCGGCCAAGGACGCGCGCCGGGCGGAUCGGAGUCUGGACGUUUGGGCGCAGGGCGCGGGUGCCUGCGCCUGGGGGGCGGCCUGCCACUUCUGCCACCAGCCUCACCAGAAGCGGCAGAAGCUGGACCGGAACCAGCGCCAGGCAAUGCGGAGCAUGACCCAGAGGGAGGCUUUGCAGAUGCUCGUGGAGAAGUUGGGCGAGAGGGCGGCGGCUACACAGCUGUCACUUCAGGUGCAGCCCAUUCUGGACAUCCUGCACGAGCAACUGGCCGAGACUCCGGAAGGCAGGCCUAGCCUGUCCCAAAGCCAGGGCCGCAACAUCGCAUGUGCCGUCUCCAAAAUGAGCUGCCGCAUGAUGAUCCAGGCGCUACUGCCGGCCAGUCGCCUGGAGGCGCCCCAGAUUCGCCAGGUUCAGAGGCACCUGGAGGUGCUGAAGAGCCAUCUGGCCCAGCAGGACUAA